AUGGCUCCCUUUGAGACACUUUAUGGGAAGCAGUGUCGUACAUCUUUGUGUUGGAAUGAAGUAGGAGAAAGAGAGCUCUGCGGUCCCGAGUUGAUUCAUGAUACGAAUGAGAAUAUUAAAGUGGUCAUAGAUAGACUCAAGGCCGCUCAAAGUAGGCAGAAGAGUUAUGCAGAUGUCCGUAAGAAGGACCUUGAGUUUCAACUGAUUAGUUUGACGAAGGAUUUGAUCUAUGAGGAGGAACCGGUUCAGAUUCUUGACCGAAAGGAACAAGUGCUUAGGAACAAGACAAUCCCAUUUGUAAAGGUGCUUUGGAGGAGUCAUCAAGUAGAAGAAGCUACUUGGGAAUCAGAGGAGCAGUUGAGGCAGAAGUAUCCCUAUGUCUUCGAAUGA